AUGACAUCCGUCAAACCUACAUAUGAUUCUCAACGAGCUCGCUGGCUAAGACAUAUUGAAUUCUUCUACGGAUUAUACUUCCUGAUAUAUGUCUUGGAAACUCUAACCCCAAAAAUACGGCGCUGGUCACUCCUUCCGGGAUUACCUCUACUUUGGAUACACAUCUAUGUGAAGAAUAUUGACUUUCGGAUGCCCAUUUUUUUGUGGGUCAUAAGAUUCUUCUACUAUGGUAUUAUUCUUCUCGACCUGUCAUACUCUCUGCUGAAUAGAAAAGCCACUAUAAUACUUGUAAAGGCAGUUGUUACUUUUUGCGCCAUGGUCUUGGUAGAGGUUUGCGAUCACAGGUCACGUUGGAUUACUUUUAAGAAACAGACAGAUGAAGAGGUAGAUCUUGAACAGUUCUAUAGUGAGAGACAGACCCACGAAGCCACGUUUGAAAAUAAUAUGGAUUGA